AUGUCUUCCAAAACGAAUACCGCGGAUGCUCACCCGCCAGCUAAGACGGCGCUCCUCCUCCUGGAUUACCAGAACUACAUCGUCAACAUGAUCAACCCUCCCGAAGUCCAGUCCAAGGUCGUCGACUCAGUCGCCGCCCUGCUCAAGGCCGCUCGCGAGGCCUCAGCGCCCAUUUUUCACUGUCACAUUGACUUCGAAACUGAGCCCGUGCCGACCAGCAAGCUCACCGAUCGCUGGGAGUCCGCUCUGAAGCCUAUGCUUGCCAGCAGCCCUGAGCAAGGCCAAGAGUGGCCGACGCUGACUCCGCCAUCCACGGCGGCUGCGAAUGAGCACACUGUCACGAAGAGGCCGGGUUGCGUGUCUGCCAUGAAGUCCAAGGACAUUCUGUCCCUGCUUCGCGACAAGUAUGAGGUGGAGAGCAUCGUCAUGUGCGGCCUCAUAACCAGCGGCGCGCUGGUAAGCACGGCUAGAGAAGCGGCGGACCUUGGGUUCGUAACGACGGUCGUGGAGGACGGGUGCUGGGACUACAACUCUGAUGCCCAUAGGGUCGUCAUCGACAGUGUCGUGCCCAUGACUGCGUGGGUCGCCAGCCUGGAAGAGGCGUUGAAGAUAUACAAGAUUUAG